AUGUCUUCCGGUGUUGCAGUUUCGCAAGAGUGCCUGGCGCAGUUCCAGGAGCUCAAGCUGGGCAAGAAGAUCAAGUACAUCAUCUACACGCUCAACGCCCAAAACACCGAGAUCGUCGUGGCCAAGACCUCCACCUCGUCCUCCUACGACGACUUCCUCGCCGAGCUGCCACCCGCCGAAUGCCGCUACGCCAUCUACGACUUUGAGUACGAAAAGGGCGACGAGGGCAAGCGCAACAAGAUCUGCUUCUUCACCUGGUCGCCCGACGACGCCAAGAUCAAGCAAAAGAUGGUCUUCGCCUCCUCCAAAGACGCUCUCAGGAAGGCGCUCGUCGGCAUCUCGUCCGAAAUCCAGGGCACCGACUUCUCCGAAGUCAGCCACGAGACCGUCCUCGAAAAGGUCAGCCGCUCCACCUUCUAG